AUGAGCGUAACGGCCGCCACAGCUCCAGGGAGGCCUUCUAACACAAAGACUUCGAACGUCAUCACCUCGUCCUCGUCUCUGAACUUGAACUCGAUAUUCGACACCACCAGCCCGAGCGGCGGUUCUGGUGCAGCCCUGGUAACGCCUGCACCGCCGAGACGGCCCCUCGGCAAUGGACGAAACACGAACUCCUCUUCGGGGGCAAGGCACAGGCCGACUCCGGGCACGGCCAGUACGGACCCACUCUCCAAAUCUGUGGUCGUCGCACUGGUCGAGGGACGCGGACUGGCCAGAGGCGAGAUCGGCAUGGCAUCGUUCGACAUCAGGAAUCCGGAGUUGGUCUUGGCGCAGUUCCCUGACAACAGGAUGUACACCAACACCCUCAUGAAGCUUCAAGUGCUCGACCCUCACGAGAUCCUCCUGCCCAAGACACUUUUCGAGGCCAACACGAUGCCCCAGCUCAUAAAUCAGCUGAAGCAGGACAUGCCAUCCAUCAACGUCACCAGCCUGCCACGCAAGCUGUUCAAUGAAAACCUGGGCAUCCAAUACGUCCGGCAGCUCUGUGUGCCCGAGUACAGCUCAGUUGAAACCGAAGUCGUCAACAAGUACUAUGCCCUGUCUGCCACAGCUGCACUUGUCCAUUACGUGGAGGUGAUGCAAAACGUCGCUUGCACAGCUCACUCCAUCAAAGUCGUCUUCAGCACUGGCGAGGGAGUUGCUCGGAUCGACUCAACCACGAUGCACGACCUGGAGCUACUGACCAACACCGUGGAUCCCAGGAGUUCGGUGUCUCUGUUUGGUGUGCUGAACCACGCCAAGACACCCGGCGGGUUAAGGCUCCUGCGUGUGAACAUGCUUCAGCCUCCGUGUGACUUGGACACCAUUGUGCUGCGUCAGAAGGCGGUGCAGCAGAUCCUCGACAGUGAAGAGUUUUUCUACAACUUCCAGUUCCUGCUGGCCAAGUUUGCAGACAUGGAGGCGCUCCUGGCACAGCUAGUGCAGGUGCCACGCAUAGAGACCCUGCGCACCAUGGAGGCGGCCGUGCACAACUGCGUCUGCCUCAAGCACAUCCUCGAGCAUGUCGAGCCGCUGCGCAUCGUGCUCAACAAGUGUCAGGACACCCUGCUGGGGACAUAUGCAUCAUACAUCACUGAUGUCCGGUACAGCGAAAUGCACAAGAGCAUAUGCACGGUGAUAAGGCAAGACGUUGUUUACCAGAAGGGCGUGUGGAACCGGGUCUUGCAGCUCUGCUUCAGCAUAAAGCCUGAAGUCAAUGGCCUUCUCGACAUAGCCCGAAGGACAUACGCGGAAGUCCAAGAUGAUAUUCACGAGAUGGUCGAGAAAGACAUGGCGCUGGAGUCCGCGCUGCCACUCAAGGUGGCCUACUCCCAGCUCCGUGGCUUCUACAUUCAGAUGAACUACACGGGCUGCAUUCCUGACCUUCCAGACAAGUUCAUCAAGGUUUCCGUCACCAAGACUACCAUCUCAUUCACCACUGACAGCCUGUGGGAGCACUCAAGUGUGCCCCAGCAAACCACCUCAGAAGGUCGACGGCGUCCAUCACCUGGCUUGGCGUGGGCAGGGGAGCUUCGACAGUAUCCAGAUCAUAGAGCCAGAGAAGCCAUGCACGAAAUUGCCCGCCUAAGCUGGAGUGUCUUGACUUCCGUUCUCCACGACAUUGUCGCAAGCAUUGGCUGCCUCUACAAGCUCGCCGAAGUGGUCUCCAACGUCGACUUCCUCCUUUCGCUGGCGGAGGCAUGCACGCUCUCCGACUACGUUCGUCCGGAGUUCACCGACACCCUGUGCAUCAUUGAAGGCCGUCACCCUGUGCUGGAAAAAGUGGGCAUGCGCACUUUCAUCCCGAACGACACGUUUGCAAGCUCGCACCACAAUUGCAACAUCAUUACUGGUCCAAACAUGAGCGGCAAGUCCACCUACCUGAAGCAGGUGGCGGCCCUACAAGUGAUGGCCCAGCUGGGUUCCUUCGUGCCUGCCAAGUACGCGUCGUUUCGCAUCGCCGACCAGAUCUUCGCACGCACGGGACACCGGGAUGACAUCGAGACCAACUGCUCCACUUUCCUCAUGGAGAUGCGGGAGAUCAACUACAUCCUGCAGAACUUCACCGACAGCUCGCUCGUCAUCAUCGACGAACUUGGACGAGGUACCAGCGAAGAGGAAGGUUCGGCGAUGUGCGUCGCCAUAACCGAGAAGCUCAUCAACUCCGACGCUUUUGUGAUUGUUGCCACUCACUUCGACCUGAUGACGCAGCUGGAAUCUAUGUACCCCAACGUCAUAAAGCAAGUACCUUCAUCCUUGCAGUUGCUUAUAGCCUCAAACCUGUUCUCAUAA